AAGAUCAAUAUGGCUUCAUCAGCUACUUGCUCUGACCACUCAAACACAUGUCCAGUCUGCCUUGACCACUACGACUUGACAAAACGUGUCCCCAAGUUUCUGUCGUGUCACCACACUGUGUGCCUGAUGUGUGUCCAGCAGCUGAAGGGGCUGUACAAGUUGUCAUGUCCGGUCUGUAGAGAGAGCACCUGUCUCCCCAUGGGUGGCCCUGAGAAAUUGCAGACAAACUUUUACCUUAAAGUUGACAAUGAGGAAGGAUGCCUAAAACACAAGAAUCAGCCAUAUUUGUUCUACUGCGCCACCCACAAAGCCCUUGCUUGCCAAGCGUGCACCAUUUUAGACCACAAGGAGUCCAAGCAGUGCGAACUGCAAGACCUUGAGCCAGCAUUGAAAGCAACAAAAAUGAUACUUAGAGAAAAACUUAGUGUUUUACAGACCAAGAAGGGUCACCAGAGUGGUAUUUUAACGGAUGUAAAUAAAAAGAUGGAGUUUUUAAAUGCAAGUAAGCAAAGCGCAGAGAGGGCCAUAGACACAACUUUCCAUCAGUAUUUAAGUGUCAUCAGGAAAUAUCAGCAGACAACGAAGGAAAAUUUGCAACAGUCUUUCACUCAAAAACAUAAGACUCUCAGUAAAAAGGCCAGAGCAGCAGAGGCACUUAUUGAUGAGUUCGAAACACAAAUUUCAGAAAUUGAAGACGCUUUACGCAAAAACUGCAUUUCAACUGCAGUUGCUGUGGAAGCAGGUCUUCGUGACGACACCGAUGCGUCUAAGACUGGUUCUCUUUUACCCAAAAGGGCUUCAAAUGAAAGUUGGCUUUGCUUUAAAACCACCUCUCAGACAAGUUUGUCACAGCUUGAAACUUUUCUUCAAUCUGCUGGGCAGAUCCAUUAUAUACCAUUGCCAAAGGUCGUUUUCACAGAAAAACCAGAGAAUGUCCAAAAAUCAGACAAACCUCCGUCGAUUUCUUUCAAAAUAACCCACGGGACAUCAGACGUUGAGAUAGACUAUUCGCAUUUGUUGCAAGUUUACAUUAAAAAACCAAGUGGGAAAAGGUUGAAGGCUAAAAAACUGUCAUGUCUUGGCAAUGGUGACUAUCGUGCCCUCUUUCCAAGAGACCUGCUCUACGAGGGUACAUAUUCAGCAGAGGUCACACUUGCUGACGAAAGACUGGAAGACGGACUAGUUACAUUUUCUGUUAAAUAA